UCUUUCACGCACUCUCUCCGCAGUCUCUUCUCGCUAGGGUUUUACCCCCACACAAACAGCAAAAAAAUGGCCGAGCGUGGUGGAUUUGGCCGUGGGUUCGGCGGGCGUGGCAGGGGUGACCGCGGGGGCCGAGGCGGCCGCCGCCGUGCACCACGCCAGGAGGAGGAGAAAUGGGUGCCGGUCACGAAGCUCGGCCGCCUCGUGAGGGAGGGGAAGGUGCUUUCCCUCGAGCAGAUCUACCUGCAUUCCCUUCCCAUCAAGGAGCACCAGAUCAUCGAUCAACUCGUCGGCCCCUCCCUGAAGGACGAGGUCAUGAAGAUCAUGCCGGUCCAGAAGCAGACCCGGGCCGGGCAGCGCACACGGUUCAAGGCCUUUGUCGUCGUCGGAGACGGGAACGGCCACGUCGGGCUGGGCGUCAAGUGCAGCAAGGAGGUCGCCACGGCCAUCCGCGGUUCCAUCAUACUCGCCAAGCUCUCGGUGAUCCCCGUCAGGAGGGGUUACUGGGGUAACAAGAUCGGGAAGCCCCACACCGUCCCCUGCAAGGUCACCGGAAAGUGUGGGUCUGUCACCGUGAGGAUGGUGCCGGCGCCCCGUGGUGCUGGGAUUGUGGCGGCUCGUGUCCCGAAGAAGGUGCUGCAGUUUGCUGGUAUCGAGGACGUGUUCACUUCCUCGAGGGGUUCCACCAAGACCCUUGGGAACUUUGUGAAGGCUACUUUCGAUUGUCUGCUGAAAACUUAUGGCUUCCUCACCCCCGACUUCUGGAGGGAAACCCGCUUCACGAAGUCCCCAUUCCAAGAGUACACCGAUAUUCUGGCCAAGCCAACCGGGAAGCCUGUCAUCUUGGAGGAGAUUGAGAACGCUUGAUCCUUGCUGGAAAUGAUGUUGAGAUUUUGAUAAGGCCUCUAGUAUAGAGUUGCUCUUUAUGUUUACUUUCGUUUCUAAUCACUGUGGUGCAAUUUUCCAGGUUAAUCGACAUUUUUCUCAGUAUUUUGAUAUUACAUGUUUUUUUCUUUUUAAGAUGAAUGCUACUACAAAUUUGUGCUAAAUUAAUCAGAGGACCAGUUUUCAGUCA